GUGCGUGCGGGGGCGCUGCCGCGGAGCGAGCCGAGCGAGGACGGAGCUGCCUCCGCCUCCUCCUCCCGCUCCCAGCCUCUGCCGGUGCGGGCCCAGCAGUGCGAGAGGGAGCGAGCGAGCGCGGGAGGGAGCGCGCCAGCCAGCCAGCCAGCCAGCCGGAGUCCGGGCUCUCCCUCGCGGCGGCGGCGGCGGCGGCAGCAUGUCGGGCCGGUCGGUGCGGGCCGAGACCCGCAGCCGCGCCAAGGAUGAUAUCAAGCGGGUGAUGGCGGCCAUCGAGAAAGUGCGCAAAUGGUGAGCGAGGCUGAGCCGCAGGGAGGAGGAGGAGGAGGCUUUGUUUUUGUCUCGAGAUUUAUUUUUUUUAAGGGGGGGCGUGUGGGGUGAGGGAAGGAGAAAGGGGAUAAAGGAAGAGGGGCGGCGAGGGGGUGUCGGCGCCCUCCCCCCCUUCCCUUCCCAGACAGGCCAACAUUUCUCCUUGCCUCCGAGUAGGUGGGUGGGAGUCCCAUUGUGAAAACACCCACACCCACGCAUGUGGCCUACUCAUCUUUUCUCCCCCCCAAUAUGUCUUACCCCCCCAACCCCCCCUCCAACAUGUCUUCUGUCUCUCCCCUCCCUCAGUUUCCACCAGAUACCCUUCAGGGCUUUCUCCUUUUCGCCCCUCCGCCCGCUCAUUGUUGAACCCCCAGGCUCCCCCCUACCCAGUUCCUAGUACAGACCCCUUAGGGCUUUCCCUCCUGAGCCGCCUUCCUCCCACCCCAUCUAUUCCCCCCAAGGCAGCUUGGGGGCUCCUCCCAGCUCCAUCCUCUUGGGAGGCUUCUCCCCUCUUGCACAUAAGUUGAGCACACUCCGCAGCAGCGUCCCCACAUCCUCAGGGCUUUUCUCCCAUCUCCUUUUCCCUUGGCUUUCCCCCUUCGCCUCUUGGUGCUGUGCCCCUUAUUGGUUGUCUUCUUUCUAUAGAUCCCCUAGAGUUGGUCAGUGAGACUCCCUCCAAGGCAGCCUUGCAGGCUUACUUCUUGGACCCCCUCCCCUUUGUUGUGGUCUUCCCCUUGUGGUCGGCUAGAAGUCCCCCAGGCACCUCCUUUUUCUUUUUUCAGUUCUUUUUCUGACUUCAGUUUCUUAUGCAUAUAUUUCUUUGUCCUUCUCUCUCUCUCUCCCCCCCCAGUCCCUUGGGUUUUUGUCCCAUCCCUUACCCUUGGAUGGUUUUUGCUCAGCAACCCCACCCUCAACUCCUUGAUUAACUUCAUAGAAUGGCAAAGUAGAUCGUGAGGGUCAUCUAGUCCAACCCCCUGCAAUGCAGGAAUCUUUUGGCCAAUGUGGGGUUCUCCAACCCACAACCCUGUGUUUAAGAGUCUCCUUCUCUAUGGACUGAGCUAUCCCUGUUCCUCUGUAUCAUAUCUUAGUGCAAUUUGGGUGCCUUUUCUUUUACAGAUACCUGGGUCUUUCCCCUUCCUAAUUUCUUCCUAUUUUCCUCCAUUGUAAUUAUUUUAAGGUUUUCUUUACCCAUGUCUAGCCCCCCUCCCAAUUUUUCACUGUUAGAUCUUCUUAAACCUCUCCCUUGGUCUUAUGUAUUUCCUUCCACCUGUCUCCCUUCUCUCCCUUGCUCCUUUAGCCAUAAAUCCAUUUGGCAAAUGCGUUGGGAUGGAUUCCUUGGUUGGCCUCCAUGCAGGCAUCUUCUUCCUGUCAACUUUCUUCUUGUCCUCACUGUAUAUUUCCCCAAGUGAUGCUUCCCACACCCACUGGCUGUGCGUGCUCCCUGUUGUGUGAGAUAGAUCGAUAUUCUCACCAUUCCACAUCCUGUUUGGCUGAAUCUGGCAGGAGGCAGAGGAGGACUUCUUUCUCCAAACUUUUCUUUCCUCUUUGAACCCAAUAUGACCUCUUCCCCUCCCAACUGCCCCUUGACCUAGAUUUGAAGCAUUAUAUCUAGCCCAGGACAGGCUCUUCAGUGUGUUGGGCAGAGGUUUUCCCCCUGUAGCUGAGAUCCUUUUAACUGGAUAGAGACUGAAUCUGGGGCCCAUGACUGUGCUGUAGCCUUUGCAGGUAUCUCGUGAGCUCUUCUCCCUACCAUGAAUUUUACAGACACUCUUUACCAUCACUUUGUUCCGUGUGUGCAUGGCAGCACCUUCCCAAUAUCCUCUUGGUGAGCUGUCUCCUACUUCACUGGGGGGGGGGGGGAGCAGAUCCCUCUUCUGCACACUCCAAUGAUCAUUUGCUGUUGCAGCUCCUUUUAUCCUUGUGCACCUUCUUUCUGAUACCCCCUGAAGUGUAGUACUGCUUCUGCUUGGCUCCCUUGCGCUUUUGUUUGGUUGGUGAGAAAGAGAACAAUGUGCUUUGUGAAUUGUGAUCUGUGGGUAUUUCCUUUUUUAUUCUAUUUUUAAUUCAGAAGGGAGAGUAUAUUAUGGUGAAUAGGCAGGCAUCAGAUGUGACUUGGACUUUCAUCUUUCUUUCAAAAUCCUCAUGCACCUUUAAGUGUGAAUGGUUGUUUUAAAUGCUUUUCACACAUUUCAGAGGAAAAUCUUAAAAAUGAUAAUUCUUGAAAUCCUAGGUAAAGUUUAGAAUGUGUAUGUGUUCUGAUAUUUUAAUGGGAAUGGGUCAACCAAGUGAACGUAUUUUAAAGAUUUUUAGUUUUGUGCUACAAAUCACAUUGGUUCCAGCUUGUAUUGUUUAAUUCUAAAAUCUGAGUGGAGCUGUACAGGGAGGGUGUAAUUGCUACUUGAAUUUGUUUGAAAUUAUAUAAUUAAAGGUUGUAACCUUGGUAGAAUUGCCCUCUUUUGUUAAAUCUUUACAACGUUUUAGCAUUUUAUUCUUUUGUGGGGUUUUUGUGUAGUUUUUAUUGUGAAAAUCAUUGUGGCACAGCUAAACAAUACAGCGAAAUGGUUAUUGAAGCACAAUAGGCAAUCAGUGUGCAGUUUGGUAUUUUUGGAUCAGAUAACAUAGUAUGAAUGUAAUUCAAGACAGGCUUAUUUUGUAAAACAAUGUGAUUGAGUUUUUGUUACACCAAUGCACAGCUCAUAAAAAGCAGAAAUCAUUGGAUUCAAGGGUUUUGUGUUGGAUAAAAUAGUUCUUCUAUAGGUAUAUAUUAUAAACAAGCAGAAUACAGAAAAAUCAGUUAGUAUCCUUCUUUUCUUCCCAGAGUAGAUGUUUGCAGUUUUAAAAGCUGUGAUGUUUGUGAGCAGUCCAGUUCAAAUUGCAAUGGGCAAAUAGCUAAAAAGUGUCUUUUCUGAUGCAGACUGAGAAGAGGAAUUCAAAAUAGAAAUCCAAGCCAUUGUGUUGAAAAGCCGAAACACUGCCAGUCUUGUAGUCUUUAUGAUAGUACAAAGUUCUAGGAAUAAUGCUUUUGUUGUGCGCUUAAGAAAAUGCACUUCGCUGGCACGCACUUUUAGGAGCCUAACGUAAUGCAGGGAGAGAUGGUGAUGCUCAUUGUCAGCAUCAUUGUAGCUGGGUGCUUGAUGCUCCAUUUGUUUUUUCAAGGCAAGUGUGCGUCUUGUUUCCUUUUGUCGUUCUUUGCCAAAAGUGUGGAGAAGAGAAAAUUGGAGCCUUGCUUCUUGUUUAACAAAUAAGUCAAGUGAAACUUUUUUGCCAGCAUCUUCUGUUGUCAUAGCAACUAUGCACAGGUGAUCACACUGGCUCGUUCCUCCAAGAGCAGAGUGAUGGGGAAAGCCAUAGAAAUUUUGCAGACUUCAAUCCUGACAUAGCAGCCUUCCAGUUGCUGUGGGAAACCUAGUCAGAUCCUUAAAAGGACUGUUCAUGUCACAAGUUUAUGUAGAUCUUGUUCUUCAGAUGAACAAUGUAGGACCCCCCCCCUCUAUUUUUUCCCAUUGGGGAACAGGAACAAGAAGAAAUGUACAAACCUUUACUAAUGUACAGUGAUAGGUUGUGGAUAUUUCUGUAUUCUGAGAUGAAAGAUUGUUGGCAUGAAAUUUAAUGUCUUUACAUGCCUUCUGUGUGCUGCACUGUAUUGAAGACUUCAAGCUUGCUAUUGCUGAAGACACUUUGCGUGGUAUGGCACUGGGUCCCAACAUACGUUGGGCCUUCUCAGUAGUGGCCCCCGCCCUGUGGAACACCCUCCCAUCAGAUGUCAAGGAAAUAAGCAGCUAUCCUAUUUUUAAAAGACAUCUGAAGGCAGCCCUGCUUAGGGAAGUUUUUAAUAUUUAAUGCUGCAUUGUUUUUAAUAUUCAGUUGGAAGCCGCCAAGAGUGGCAGGGGAAACUCAGCCAGAUGGGCGGGGUAUAAAUAAAUAAAUUAUUAUUAUUAUUAUUAUUAUACGUUGGGUACAGUUCUGUGCAUGCAUGCACAUGUGCGCGCGUGUAUGCAGAAUGAGAGAGAGAGAUGGUGCUGGAGGAAGAAAAACCUGCCUGAAGCAGUCAUGGGAAAAUAGCAAAAUAGACCAGGCAUAUACAUAUAUCUCUCACUGGAAGGUUGUUGCAGGCAAAAUGUUCUACAAAAAGUUAUUCCAUUGCUGUUACCAAGUGUGGUUAAUGAAUGCUGGCAAACUUGGGGAACCCAGUAGUUUCAGCAGUCAUUGGCUACCUUUGAUGGUUCAGGUGUUUGGAUCGCUCUCUGCAUUCAUUCAGUCCUAAACCGUUGAGAACAGACUGGUCCUUCUCAAUCAGCCUGGCUACUGACACUGGUUUCUUCAGCCUCCAGUCAAACAUCUGCUUGAGACAGAAAGGUUUAUUGUUCAGUAUUCAUGUGGUUUGAUGGUGUUGAUUGUAUGUGGCUUGAUGAUUAGAGAAAUAUUUUUUUCCUUCUGAGGCACCUGGAUUUCUGCUUGUUCAAGGUGUGCAUCUGUGUCGGCGAUGCAGCCUUCUGUUUAUCAGAUGGAUACGCUAUACCUUUGAAAACUCUAAAGUCGUAUCUUAGGCAUGAGGUUAAAUAGGGCCUUGAAGGCAACCUAUGAUGAAAAUGAUUUAUUUCAGUGCCAAAGCCUGUUGAGUAUUUCUCAUGUGUAUGUGUUAUGUUCACCUUUUUAUUUGAUAUGUAUAUGCAUGGUGCAGGCCAGAGAAACCAGGUGAUCCUAUUACUAGUAGAAAUAGUUGUGUUUAACAAUGUGCUUAAUCAUAUUGAUAUGAGUGAUACUUAGGCAUAUCUAAUUUACUCUGGCUUGUGUCCAUAACCAGUUUGUAGAAGGAUUUUUAUAUUAAUCUACCUUUUGCUUAGGUCCAUAUUAAGAUAAUGUGUUAAACUAGAAAAGUAUGUCGCUUUUUAUGCAUAACUGAACUUGAGAUUAAAACAUGCCCCGAUUUUAAAGAAGCUUAAUUUGACCAAGACGUGAAAACUUAUUGGACUAGUCUGCUGAAAUGGUGUGGUGCAGUUAGCCAGAUCUAUGGGGGUCAGUUUCUGUGCAAAAGAGGUGCAACCCGAUCUGUUUGCACUGCUGCAUACCUAAUCCUAGUGCACCCCCCAAAAUCUUUAUCCACAAGUGUAGCAGUCCCUGACCCUAGUUGGCCUCCUCCAGCGUCCCUGGAAGAAAACAAAUGUCAUUGUGCCCCCUUAUAGGCCAUUCACAACACAAUAGAGAAAGGUCGAGAUAAACUAAGAAACAGAGGUACUACUGCCAAGUGAAAUGCUUACAGGGAGGAAAAAAUAUUAGAAAGUGUUAAUUUUAAAAUACUGAUGGUGAUGGUAGGUAAAAAGAAGAAAUACCCAUCUUAAGUAGUCAUGGGAAAUAGUAAAACAGAUCAGAUAGCAACCUAUGUGAAGUAGAAUCCUAAUCCUGCUUGAAGAAACUGCUGAUUUUCCCUGUUUUUUCUUUAUUAUUCAAGAUUACAGAAGGCAUAUGCGUCAAUAAGUAUCAUUCAUACAAAUUAUAAUCCAUAUUGCGCUGAGCAAGCCCUAUUCCAUGCAUACUACCCCAUGCAGAUUUUGGUAUAUCAAAAAUGUUUGUGGAAUGGGGAACUGUAAUUAAAAUAGAGUGCUUCCAAUUAGAUACUGCUUUUUGAAGGACAGGUCAGUGAAGCAGCAUUGCUAAACUGGAGGAACUAAUUAUCUAUUUGCUAAAGUUUGUAAGCUGUCAUAGUGGCUGAAUAGGACAUACUGUUCAGUCGUACCUCCGCUCCCAAACACCUUGGGAGUCAAGCGUUUUAGCUCACGAACGAUCAAAAACAGGAAGUGAGUUUUCCAGUUUUCGAAUGUUCUUUCGGAAGCCAAACGUCCAACGGGGCUUCUGCGGCUCCCUGCAGCUAAUCGGAAGCCAUGCUUUGGAAGUGGAAUGUUUUGGAAGUCGAACAGACUGUCCUGGGACAUAGUGUUUCUAUUCCAUAUCCUUACCAGUAUCUCUAUUCCCUCAGGUUCCCUGAUUCUUCAAGCGUUCUGUCCCUUGGCCCAAACCCAAAGAACCGUGCCGCUAACACUGCAUGCUCAAGGGGACUUUGGACUUGUAUUUCUUAAUAAGGCAAUGGGAAACUGCUUUUGAAUCUUAAGGAAGUUUCAUAAGAGGUUUGUAGUGAGAGGCGUGGGGUACUCAAAGAAGAAGACGUUAGUCUGCUGGGCACAUCUCAGGCAGCUUGUUAAAUCUUGUUUUUUUCAACAUAUGUAGGCCUGAGUUCAGUGCUCUUGAUCAUCUACAUUAGUGGUGGGGGACCUCUAGCCUGGGGCCCAAAUGUGACCCUCCAGGCCCUUGUCACUCUUCCUAGCCACACCCUUCACUGCCCCUUCUUCACCUCCUCCUGGAGUGUUUUUGCCUGGCUGGAAUGUGUCCAGGAGCUCUGAUAAUGUCCUCUGCUUACCUGGAAGGAAGAUAGAGAGGGAUGUGUGAGUGUGUAGACUAGCCAAUGGGUAAAAUAGCUCCCCCUUGCACUGGCAGGUGACCCCCAGAUUGUUGCCCACAAGGGAAUGUGUCUCUUGGGCCAAAUAGAGUCAAAUCAACAUAAUUAAAUGAAGACUCUCAAAUAUCAGGGAUAAAUUUCACUCUAGAUUUUUUUUUUUAAUAAAAAAUACUAACAUAGGUUUCCUCCUGUAUUCUACAGUUGAUCGAGUGAAGAUGCUGUUUGUGGCUGCUUUGAGAUGCUAACAGGUAUAUUGAACUUUUGGUUUUCAAAUGCAGCAUCUCUAAUACAUUGUGGAACAGAUUCCGUUUAAAUGUUGUUUUUAUAACUAGAAACACUUACACAGGUGUCUUGUGUUCAAGAGAACAGCGAUAGGUUCAUUCAUUGGCUUAAUUGCUUAAUUACAUUACACAUGCAGCCUUAUGUAAACUGCUGAAGAGCUCUUUUUUGAUUAAGCGGUCUAUAAAUUUUGUUAAAUAACAAAUUAUGUUUAGAACUCAAAUUUAGAGUGCGUUCUACUUUAGUGAUUUUCUUUCUUUCAGUAGUAGGUCAGUGCAUUGGAUUUCAGAGCACUGAUAAACAUUUCAGAGCAUUGAGCUUUAGGAAUGGAGAAUGGCUCUGUUGGAUCAGAAUGUUGAUAUAAUAUAUAAACUACAUGUUUUCAGAAACACCAUUGUAAGAAAUGCUGCUGUGAGACACUAUACACUUUUAUGAUGUGGAUGGCCCCUGUUUCUAGAUAGUCUUUGUCUUCACCCUUUUCUCUAUGAUGAAUAGCUAGUAGGUGAAAUAAAGCUAUGGAGGGAUUGCUGCUAAUUUUCAUAAGUGUCUCUCAUUUAAAAACAAAAACAAGCUUAGUGAUAUCACAGAAAUGAUAAAAAGAUAAUUUGGACCUCUUUCCAUUCUGUUGUUGUUCUUAAAAUUCCACUAAACCUCUCACAUUAUGUUCUACAGAUUAAUACUUCUGGCCCACCAGGGAAUCUUGUUUCUCCCCUUCCAGUGUAGCUGCUUUUGUUACUCAUACUUGCUGGGACUUGCAAGGAGUUGAGUUCCAGCUAACUGUACAUGUAUGUGUGCUAUAUCAUGCGGAAAUUUAACGGGGUGCUUCAGACAUAACACAAGACAGUGAUUUGGCAUUGAUUGAGUGAAGAGUGAGCAGUUUUGGGUUUGGGUGCCUCACGUGAAGUGAUUACCUGGUUUGAGGCGUACCAGGGCUUGCUCAUUUGCCUGAACUGGCAAGCUCUGGUUUAGCAUUUGAGUUUCAUGUGUCAUGUAUCCUUCCAAAAUUUUCCUUUCUAAGCCUGACAGCCUCCCAUUGUAGAAAAGCUCUCCAGCUGUCACCAGCUGCUUGGAUUUUGCAGAGGGGAUUGGAGGACAUACAUAUGCUGCCAUGUGGUAUUCCUGUCUCUAGGAAUUUGGAGUUAGUUGGUAUACCUUUAUACUUUGAGAAACACUUAAAAUUGAUUUCGGUUACGUUUCCCCUCAAAUUAGAUAUUAUCUGCUGUUGUGACAUACUAAAUGACCAAAAGAUUGUGUUCAGUGCAUGUGCUCUCUGGAUGGGUAGGUCUCUCUCUCGCUUGCUUUGUCACUUUUGCUUGUUGGGCUGUGCCAACAAGAACCCGCAAAAUGGCAAAGGUAUCUGCUGGUUUUAAAAGAUAACAUGUCUCCUGUAUUAAAUGCAGACAACUCUACACAUCAUCGUAUGUUCUCAGGUCCCUAGAGAACAUACAACCAAUUUGAAUAGGUUGUUACAGACCUUCCACAAUAUAUACUACCACGCCACUUUUUAAUGUGCUAUUUUGAAACUAACAUGUGUUAUCUUUUUGUAGGGAGAAGAAAUGGGUGACAGUUGGUGACACAUCCCUCAGGAUUUACAAAUGGGUACCAGUAACAGAGCCCAAAGUAGAUGAUGUAAGUAUUUCAAGCAAUGUUAGAAACUGAGAUAUAAAAUCCAGGAGCCAAAUGGCUCCUGGAAGCUGGCUUAUAGGGGCAAAAACAGCAUGGCUAGUUGCCAUCUGCCCCCCUCCAAAUGCAGCACCACUUUUAAUUUUUUUAUUUUUAAAUACAUGAACUAAUACACAGUUCAGUGACACAUUGUUAAUUUCACAUGUUUAAUAGCAGUUCUUAAUUGGAUGCCACAAUUAAGAGAGGUGGGCGUGGGUGGCCUGAAAUGACAUGAAUACUUUACAGUUUGUUUACCUAUGAAAGCAGUACCACAAUGGAGUCUCUUGGGCAUAUCAGAAGGCUUCAGGGAAGUAGCAUACAAAACGGGAUGGUAACAGCUGCCCUAGGUCUUCUGCAGUGGAGAUUUAUUUCAGGCUACUGGAAAUCUCAGCUUGGUCGCUAGGUAGUACUCUUGAGUUGCAAAAACUACUGGUGACGGCUUAAUUUCGAACACUGAUUUCAAUAUGCCUUGCAUAUAACUGGAGGAAAUGCAUAAUAAUCUUCAGAAAACAAGAAGAUUGACCAAGUUGUGAAAAAAAGCUAGAAAACACAUAGCCUCUUGAUUAGGCUUGAGUGUGCGUGUGUCUAAAUAGGAAUAAUGGGAGCACAUUUUUCCCUUCCUUUUGGACUUCUGUCUAACCAUGUGUUUUAAAAUAUCAGAAGCUAAAAAGAAUUCCUGUUGGAAUGAAACUUGCAAAAUAUUGUAUUGCCUAGUGUCAGCGCUUAAUUGGAAUGCUUGCAUCAGAAUGACUGUUUGCUGUAAUUAUAACCACUUUAUUAAUGUAUUUUUUUAUAUUUUUUAAAAAAACUGGCUAUGAGAUCUCCAGAACGGGUACCUAACAUGCAACUUUACAAUUAAUGAUACAUUAGCAUCAUGGAAAGUUUAUUUUAAACUCAAAAGUUUCCUGGAAAGAUACCCUCCAUUUUUCAUUAUUGCUAUUCUGUCUAUGCAGAGGCGUUUAGAGAUUGCAGUGUUGAAAAUUGCGUCCUUUAAUCAUUUUGUAGGCUGUGUCUACAAUACUGAUUGCAUAGCUAUGGUGCUUGUGUGACUGCAACAUUUUCACCUGUUUGUCUCAACAGACAUACACAAAUGGGGGUAAAAGCAAAACCCCCAACAUGGAGUCAAUGCCUUCUGUAGCGAUAGGCUGUCAUCUGGCCAUCUGCUUGUAAUUUUUUAGAGUGUUGCCUGACCCUAAUGCUCUCAUCUCUGAGCCCUGCCCCUCUCUUUGCCCCCUUUCAAGCAUCUGGCUUCUCAUUCUCUCCGCAGGCACUGAGUGUGCUUUGAGAGCAGUGCAUCUGUCACUUUCUCCUAGGAGACCAAUUACGUCACCUUCUAAUUGAAAAUGCAGCAUCCUUUUUCAUACAUGGAUUUUUCACACGGUUGAUGUUAUCAUCCCUCACUUGGUUUUUUUAGCUUCUGUAGCGCUGUUAGCAUUUGAGGGAAUGGAUCGUGCUCCAUGUAGCAUCUGAUUAGGUUUGUGGUUUCACGUUGAUCUUAUUGUUGUCUGCACCAGCGUAUAUAAGAAUACUCCCCCUGCCCCAAAUCGGAUAUCUUAAUUAUUCAUUUAAAAUUGUGUAAUGGUAUGAACUAUAAAAGAGUAAAUUAAAUCUGAGUUAAAUACAAACAUGUUAAAAUAGAGUAUAUUUUAUAUAACCUCCUAGAAUUUAAUCCACAACAUUCUAUAAAACAUAUUGACCAGAAUUAAGUGCAUUAAAAGUGGUUUUCCUAUAGAAGGAACAAGCUGCUUGAACUCUAGCAUUCAAAAGACUGUGAGAUAUAGAUAUAGAUACAUUCAUAAAGUAUGUAAAAUGUAUAUGUUUUAUAUAUAAAAUCCAGUGUGAGAGAGAUUGGAUUACAACAAAUUGUGGGCUUGGAAAUGGAAACCAAGAACAAGAAAGCUGUGGCAGGUGUAAGAUCUAGCUUCAGAAACACAUUGAAGCUGUCCUUUAUUUCUCUGAACUUACUAGUCUUACAUUCCUUUCUUAAGCCAGUUUCAUGUUCCUCUCUGCUGCAAAGUUCAUUGGAUGACUACAGAAUCAUAUAAUUGUAGAUUUGGAAGGACCCCAAGACUCAUCUAGUCCAGCUGCCUCCAAGGCAGGAAUUGCAGCUAAAGAAUCCCUUACAGAUGGACAUCCAACCUCUAUUUAAAAACCUCCGUUGACUUUCUGAGGUAGUCGGUUCCACUUUUGACCAGCUCUUACAUUCAGAAGGUUCUUCCUAAUAUUAGGCAGAAUCUCCUUUCUUGUCAUUUGAAUCCACUGGCUUGGGUCCUCCUUUCUGGAGUAGCAGAAAACAAGCUUGUGCCAUCUUCUAUGUGACAGCCCAUCAGAUAGCUAUCAUAUCUCCUCUCAGUCCCCUCUUUUCCUGGCUAAUCAUACCCAGUUCCCUCAACUGUUCCUCAUAAGGCUUGGUUUCUAGAUCCUUGAUCAUCUUGGUUGCCCUCCUCUGCAUACAUUCCAGCUUGUCAAUAUCCUUCUUAAAUUGUGGUGCCCGGAACUGGACACAGUACAGGCAGAGACUAUUUUAGGCACAUCCAAGAUAUGUGUAACUAUGCAUGUGUGCAUUGUGCCAAUCCUGAAAAUAACACAAAUACAGCAGAGAAAGGGGCGGGGCAGGGUUUUUGAAGGUUUUUUCAAUGGUGUUUCAAAUAUACACAAUUUCACUUAAACAUGUGGUGUCUUGGAAUGUAACCAGUGCAUAAAUGGGGAGUUGCCUGUACUCCAGGUGGGGUCUGACCAAGGCAGACUUAAGUGAUACUAUUACUACCUUGAUCUGGACACUAGACUUCUGUUGAUGCAGCCUUUGAGGAAAAAAAGAAGCAGCACCAUGUCCCUUGUCCUGAACUAUUUGGAGGAAGAGCAGAAGAGAGAUUUAAAUAGUAAUAUGUGUUUUAAUGAGGCAAGCUCUGCAGUUUUUGCUAUGAGUUGUGAAAAUGUGUAGUUUUAUUUCCCAUCUCACAGCGGAGAAGAGUAUUUGGAGUUUUAGGCAUACAGGAAGCUGCCUUACACGGACUCAGAUCAUUAGUCCAUUUAGCUCAGUAUUGUCCAUGCUGCCUGGCAGCUGCUCUCCAGGAUGCCAGACAAUGUUCUCCUCUUGCCCUACCUGGAGAUGUGGAGGAUUGAAUCUGGAACCUUCUGCAUACAAAGUAACGUCUGAGUUACGGCCCUUGACCCAAAAUAUUUUGGCAUUGGUCUGCAGGAAAGUGGCAUUGCGCAGGUCUUUUUGCAAAUACAAUGAGAUGAUCAGAAAUCCAUGAUUUGAAAUAAUUACAGCCGUAUCUCGGAAGUCAAACGGAAUCCGUUCUGGAAGUCUGUUCAACUUCCAAAACGUGAAACCAAGGUGCAGCUUCUGAUUGGCUGCAGGAAGCUCCCGCAGCCAAUCAAAAGUUGCGUUGGACGUUCGGGUUCCAAAGAACGUUCGCAAACCGGAACACUCACUUCCGGGUUUGCUGCGUUCGGGAGCCAAAACAUUCAAGUCGCAAGGCGUUCAUCAACCAAGGUAUGACUGCAUAUGUGUUUUAACUAUGAUAUGACACAUGCAGUUUAACUCAAAUUAUGAUCAAAGAGUUCUAAGCAAUAUAUUCUGUAUCAUUUUCUAAAGUAGUGAAUAUAUAUAUAUAUAUAUAUAUAUAUAUAUAUAUAUAUGACAUUGUAUAGCUAAAACAUACCUUCCUUACUGGGAUUUUCCCAGUUGUAAAUAUGCUAAUUGUACUUUUAACUUAGGGAGUUGUGUGAAGUACAGAUCAGAAGCUUGAGUCAAACAUUGGUUUCCCCCCCUCAAUAGGUUUCUCCUCCUCAGUUUAAAUUAAAUAAAUUUAAAUCAAUACACCUUGGUCUCAUCAGACUGGAAAAUCAGCAUUGAUAAUCACAAGCAUCUUCAACAGGAUGUAAUUGGACAACCUUUUCCACAGCUUUCAGGAUUGAAGGAGAAUUCAUAUACUUGCAUAGAAUCAUAGAAUUGUAGAGCUGGAAAGGACUCUGAGGAACAUCUAGUCCAGUUCCCUCCUCUCCCCUUCUGUCUCCUUGGGAGUCCUCCGGGCAGCUAAUGCUGCCGUCCCUGGUCUCUGAGCUGCCCUGCCCCAAAUAGAGGUGCCUCCUCAAACUGCCCCACAGCGAUCUGGUAACCAGCCCCAGAGGCACCAUUUGCCUGGGGAACUUGUAGCCAUGGCUGCUACAACAAACAGCUUCACAAGCCUUGGGGAGGCAGAGAUGUGAGAGGGCAUCAGAGGAGGGAGGGAAGGAAAGAGGGACAGGCCAGUAUUGCCUGCGGCACCCCUGACCAUUAUUCAAGGUACACUGGUUGAAAACCACUGGGCAACACCAUUUUGGAUCCUGUUUCUUUGAUAUCAGUACAGUGGUUCCUCUGGUUACGAACUUAAUUUGUUCUGGAGGCCUGUUCUUAAGCUGAAACCGUUCUUAUCCUGAGGCGUGCUUUCACCAACGGGGCCUCCCGCUGGCGCACGAUUUCCAUUCGCAUCCUGGGGCAAAGUUCGCAACCAGGAGCAGCUACUUCCGGGUUAGCAGAGCUUGUAACCAGAAGCGUUUGUAACCAGAGGUACCACAGUAUGUCAUUAAUUGAUUAAAAUCAGUGGCACUGAGGGAUGCCUGGUUUGCACUGUUGCACAAGAGAUGCUUAAACUAAAGUUUCAGUUCAUAAAACAAACCACAUAUAGUAACUGGGAACUGAACCUUGGUUGAAUGGGUAAAAGCACCAAAUCCCUGAUCAUUGGACCUUGCAGUGGAGGCCACACGAUUUCAUGACUUAUUUUUUUCCCCCUUCUCAGAAAACCAAGAACAAGAAAAAAGGUAAAGAUGAAAAGUGUGGAUCUGAGGUUACUACUCCAGAGAACAGCUCUUCUCCUGGGAUGAUGGAUAUGAAUGGUGAGUGGAGCAAGGAGACAGUACCAGCUUCAGCAGCCGCAGGUGUGGUGCGGAGAGGGGCUUCCAGACAUGGCCACUUGACUUCCGCAUGGAUUGAUAACCAACAUUGGUUUAGUGUUUGGCUAUAUAAUAGAACCCACAUGGGCAUGGCUGAGAUCUGGGGUCCCUACUGAUACCUAUUAUCACCAGACACAGUUGUGGACCACUUUUUGAAGUGCUUAGCACAGGCAUAGGCAAACCCCGUUCCUCCAGAUGUUUGGGACUACAGUUCCCACCAUCCCCGACCACUGGUCCUGUUAGCUAGGGAUGAUGGGAAUUGUAGUCCCAAACAUCUGGAGGGCCGGAGUUUGCCUAUGCCUGGUUUAGCAGAUUAAGCAGUAUAAUCUAAAAGGCUGCUGGGCAGCAGCUGCUUCAGAGAGAAAAUUUUUCAGGCUGGCUUUGUGUUGAAUUGGUGCUGGUAGGUUUGGUAAUGCUGGUUGGCUUUCGUCUGGCAUAGAAAAUGAUGCAGUAGGAAGGGGAAAUAUCAUUUGAUAAGUAAGGUGUAAGGGAAGGAAAUCUUAGCAUUGUUUCCAUAAGUUGAAAUUAAUCUUGAAGCAAGUUAUAUAAAGCAUUUGCUGAGUGAUAAUUAAUUUUGAUCUCCUAUAUCCCUGAAUUCACAUGUUCCAUACCCAGUUUUCUUUAAAGCAUAAAAUAUUGGAUAAGAUCUGAAAGCAGCAAGGCAGUGCAUGGGUUCAAGGACUUCCAAAGUCAGUGUGAGGCCUGAUAGAUUUUUCCUAGCUUAAAAGAAGGAUGGGGGUGUCUCCCAGAUCUUGCUGUGAGCUUGGGAGAAUCUUGUCUUGCUCUUUUGGGAGAUUCAUUUGCCUUUCUUCUGUCCAGCAGAGAGCAUGGGCUGGUUCUUCCAUCAUGCUGGGCCUCUGAGGCACAAUAAGUUCUUCCAAGACAGGCAAAACCACUCCCUCUCUCAGGAAGGAGCACUGGAAGGAGCUGCAAUCUUUGACUGGUGAUAAAAGCUCAGUGGAAUUUACGGUCCCUCUAGAUUAUUUUGGAUACUACCCUCUGGCAUAUUGACUCAAAGCAUUUUUAGAAAUAGCCUGCUCAGCCUUCUUUUGAAGAGAUUGUGCAGCCUUCCUAGGGCACCUCUCCAGUUGCUAGACCAUGGUUGAGAAUGCUUCCCCUUAAAUCUGUCUCUCUGUACUCUAUAUCCAUUUACUCUUCCUUUUUUGCAUGAAAAACAGUUAAAUAAGCACACCGUAGUAAUGUUCUGAAGAACAUGGAAUGUCGUUUUUGGAAACACAGCAUUUCACCUCACUUGAUUCACUGGUUUCACUCUGGUUCAGUUUUGUUGCCUUGUGAAUAAUACUGCUUCAGAUUCUCAUCUGAUGUCAGAAGAGAUUCUAGGUCACAUGGGGGUGCUUUCCUGCUGUAAUAUGUGUCCCUGGAAAGCCUUCAAACCUGACAAAAGAGAGUCUGGAGAAUUAAGGUUUUCUCUCCAGAAGCAUGUACUUGACAGAUUAACACUUAAAGUGAGUCAUUAAAUGUUACCAUGGCUACCAUCAGUGGAAUCUGUAAUUUUCCAAUUCUGAAUGUCUUGGUGAGAGGCAAAGUAGGUAAGGCGAUAGCUUUUAUUAGCCAGCAUCUUUCAUCAAGAGUGUGGGGAACCGUUGAAACUCCAUGGAGGAGUUUUUCAGUUGGUAGCUGUGACCAAAGCCUCUUUCUUACCUAUAUGAAGUUGCCCUGUAUUUUAUUUGAGCAUCACAUGAAGCUGUCCUUAUGCUGAGUCAAAUCAUUGGUCCAUCUCACGCAGCAAUGUCUCCCAUAACUAGUAACUACUCUUUAAGAUCUCAGACCCUUGGGUCAUUCUCACCACCUGCUACCAUAUUUUUCUAGCUGGCGAUGAUUAGGAUUAGAUUUAGGACCUUGUACAAAUAAAUCAUGGGAUCUCCCCAUAUUCAGUUGUGAAUCCUUUCCCUAGGAGCGCUGCACUUGGAGAGGGUCUGCAUAACCAGGGUGGAGUGGAAUUGGUCCUCUUUGCUAUAAGCAAGUUCAGGCAUCUGGAAUGGGUCUAAAUCUCUCUAGCUAAGUGCAUACACAGCCAUGUAGCGCUGACUAGACGUUUAUUGGCAUGAAUGAAGGAUGAAUUUGCCUGAAAUCUAAUUACCUGCAUUUACCUUGGUGCAGAUUUGAUUGAACUAGCCAUUUUAGGUGCAUGCCGUUGUCUGAUGCAAUUUAGGAGAUGCAGCUGGAUUUUACUCCAUAACUGUGAUCUCCUUCAAGUGGCUUUUUAGAUGAAGCAUUUACCCCAUGAAUGAGGAGCUACUAACUUUCGUAGCAGCCGUGUUUCCUGUGCAUCCCAGUAUUUGUGACUGUCCUUUUGUCAAUAAUGGUCAAUGCAGUUCAUUCCUUGCAUGUAUAAGAAAGGGAAGAAGGAGCAAAUCAUGAAAGAAGGACUAGCCAACACUUGCAGGGAGAAGGUCAGGCAGCUAAAGCUCAAAACAAGCUCAGGCUUGCAAGAGAGGUUAUAAAUAAUAAUUAGUGACUUUUUUGGCUAUGUUUGAAGCAAGAGUGGGUCCUCUGCAUGAAGGAUAUGGAGAAAAUGCUAUUGGGGGACAGGGUGAAGGCAGAACUGCUCAACGUCAGUGCCCAACCUGGUGUUAAUGGAAUAAAAUAAACGAUGCAGAGAGGGAGCUGCAGCCCAGGAUAGGAAGAGAGGGGGAAAGGGAACACCUAGCUACUUUAAAUGAAAUCAGAUCUCCAGGACCUGCUGAACUGCUUUCAAGGAAACUGAAAGAACUUGCAGAAGUAAUCUCAGAGCCUCUGACUAUAAGCUUAGAGAAUUCAUGGAGAACUUGUAGACUGGAGGUGGGCAAAUGUUGUCCCCAUCUUCCAAAAGGGGAAGAAAGAAGACUCGGGGAACUACCAGCUGGUCAGCUUGAUGUCAAUACCAGGAAAUGUUCUAGAACCAGAUAAUUAAACAGUCGGUCUAUGAGCACUUAGAAAAAACAAGUCAUGAUUUAAAAGUUUGGUGGGUCAAGGGAAUGCUGUGAAUGUAGUGCAUCUUGAUUUUAAUAAGGCUUUCGGCAAAGUCCCCCAUGAUAUUCUUGUGGAGAACGUGGUUGACCGACUGAACCCAAAGAGUGUUUGCCAGUGGUUUGUCAUCAUCCUGGAAAAAAGUGACAAGUGGGUUGCUUCAGGGUUCUGUGCUGGGCCUGGUGUUGUUCAACAUCUUUAUAAAUUACUUGUAUGAAGGAAUUGAAAGAACGCUCAUCUAAGAAACGGUUGAAGGAGUUGGGUAUGUUUAGCCUGGAGAAGAAAAGCCUGAUAGGUGGCACAAUAGCCAUCUGCAGAUAUCUAUAGGGUUGUCACAUGGAAGAUAGAACAGAGUUGUUGUUUUUUUGCUGUUCCAGAGGGUAGGAUCCAAACCAAUGGAUUCAAAUUACAAGAAAGUAGAUUCUAAACUUCUAAACACUAGGGAGAACUUUCUGAAAGUAAGAGCUGAUUGCCAGUGGAACAAGUCUAACUUGGAAGGUGGUGGACUCUCAGUCAAUGGAGGCUUUUAAACAGAGACUGUAUAGCCACCUGUCAGGGAUUCUUUAUCUGUGAUUCCUGCACUGGAGCUUUGGGUCCCAACUCUUCAAUUGUAUGGUUCUAUGUCCAGAUUCUGUGGCAGUGGAGCAGGUAGGACAUGUGCUUGUGGGUGGAAAAAGUACUUCACUUUCCUUUGUUGUAAUUGUGAGCCAGCUCGCACUAUGUUUGCUCUCUCCCUCCACCAUUCCUUGGAGAAUUUUGCUAUAAUGUGAGUAGCGUGACAUCAGCAUAUUAUAUAGUCAUAUUUUUGACAAGAAUAAUAAGUAUUGCAUGACUGUACUGACUAUUAGCCAGUAUGAAGUCCCCAUCAAUACCACAGAUUUAGAACACCUUGUACAUCACUUAAGCCUCUACUUUUUAAAAAAUGGAUAAAUCCCAAACUUUAGGCAGCUUCUUUCAGCUUUCUCUGCAUAUUUAGACAGCUGGGAAGAGUCAGUGAACAGAUUAUUGAUACUUGAAGUACAAACUAGAUGCAACAGAGGCAGCCAUGGUUGCUUUUCUGUGACAUUAAAAGGAUCUGCAAAAAGAUCUCUCAAGUAAUUAACCCUUAUAUUGGUCUAGUUUGAGUUGCCAACAUAGAUACAGUGGCACCUUGGGUUACAUAUGCUUCAGGUUACAGACACUUCAGGUUACAGACUCCGCUAACCCAGAAAUAGUACCUCAGGUUAAGAACUUUGCUUCAGGAUGAGAACAGAAAUCGUGCUCCGGCGGCGCGGCAGCAGCGGGAGGCCCCAUUAGCUAAAGUGGUGCUUCAGGUUAAGAACAGUUUCAGGUUAAGAAUGGACCUCUGGAACAAAUUAAGUACGUAACCAGAGGUACCACUGUAUGGAUUUGAUAUGGAAUACUGGGAAGUGUCAGAAAUGUAGCCUUGCAUUAUCUUGCUGUAUAAUAUUUUCGUAAGAAAAAAAGUUGUCAUCCUGCAGUUUGCCUGGCUGCCAAUAGGUGGCCAUGUCAAGUGCAAUAUGACAACAGAACAGCAAGCAGGCAUACAAGGAAGUGUCAAGAUGAGCUGCAGGGGAACAGUCAGGACAGACAGGGGUGGUUUCCAGAAACUGCCCUCCUCUGCUGCCAUUGUAUACCUGACACAGCCAUUUUGGUCUCUGCAUCUGCAGCUGGGGAGGAAGAAAGCAGCUACAAAGCAAGAUGGUUGUUGAGGAGCUGCCUUGGCAGGCCAGCAGCCUUGGGGCCAAAAAGGAGGUUACCGCAGAAUACUUUAUCCUCUUCACCCCACUCUCCUCCAUGAGUGGUGGUUGGGAUCGGAGUGAGCUGUGAAGGGAUUGGGAAUAGCAACAAGAGUGAGUGGGUGGAUAGGCAGGGGUGUGGGGAGUUGUGAGAGGCAGCGGUUGGAAGGGAUGGGGGGCCAAAAGGACCCAUGAGAGGCUGAAGAAGUGAGGGGUUGGGGGAGUUGGGUGAGGUGGAAAGGGGUGGAGGGCUUGGCAGGUCAGCAGCCCCUAACAUGUAAAUACAAUUUUGGGAAUGUUCAUCGCUUUCAGCAAGCCUGUCUCUUAUUUACAGAUGAUAACAGCAACCAGAGUUCCAUAGCUGAUGCUUCACCAAUUAAACAAGAGAACAGCAGCAACUCUAGCCCCCUGCCAGAGCAGAACUCCACAGGGCAGGCAGAUGGCCCUGGAACAAAAUCUGACGAUACUCAAGCAGAUGCAAAAGAGGAGCCUGGUUCAGAAGGUAAUUCAUGUACAAAUCUUCCUACUCAUAACUGGUAGGUAAACAGUUGGCAUUCCAUGUGCACCACAUAAACUUCAUUUGUUAGCAGACCCACUGUGUCUCCCACUUGAGAAGGAGAUACAGUGGUACCUCCGGUUGCAGAUGGGAUCUGUUCCGGAGGUCUGGCCAGAUCUUGAGGUUUUCGCAACCGGAGAGACCACUUCUGCGCAUGCACGCGUGUGGCAGAAACUCAGAAAUAUACUUCCAGGUUUGCCGCUUACGUACCCCGAAGUUUACGUAAGCGGAGGUAUGACUGUAACUAUAAUUUAAGAUCUGCCCUCCUUCCUACUGCUUUGAAAACUGACACUCCGUUUUCACUUAGUUACUUUUUGCUUUCACUGACCACAUUCACACAAUGCUAAACCAUGUUGUAGUUCUAUGUGGACGAGCCUCCAUAAGACCAAGGAAAGUGUUUAGACUCCUAAGCUUCCCUUCCCUUCCAUGCAGUCAGGGAAGGACUUCUGUCAAGUGUAGGCAUGCUUUCUGCUUUCAGCAAAUCCUUAUGUACAAAACAGGGAUUGUGAUUUACAACAAACAAUGGUUAACUGCUAAACAACUCCAAACCAUAUCUUAUGAAGCUGGCUUGUUUAACUAACCAUUGUUUGUUAUAUACCAUGAUUCAGAGUUUGUACAUUUCACUAACCAGAGAAUAGAUAAUUUGAAAGCAAAGCAAAAGUCAGUGGAAAUACAGUGGUACCUCUUGUUGCGAACGGGAUCUGUUCCAGAGGCCCAUUCGCAACACGAAAAGCCCGCAACCAGAAGUGUGGUAUCUGCGUAGGUGUGCAGCGUGAUUUGGCGCUUGUGCGCAUGUGCGAAGCGUGAUUUAGUGCAACUGCACAUGCGCGAGCAGCAAAACCUGGAAGUAACCCUUUCCGGUACUUCCGGGUUACUGCGGGACGCAAUCUGAAAAAACAUAACAUGAAGUAAACGUAGCAUGAGGUAUGACUACUGUUCCUGAUGUGCUCCUUGUCUACGUAGUGCUGUUGUUAACCCUUGGCUUAAUGCAAGAGUGGGGAACUUGACCCACCCGCCUGUUAAAUUAUGUGCCACCAGGUCAUUCAGAUUUUUAAAAUCUGGAGCAUGUUUAGAGUUUCUUCCUUCUUAAGUUUGAAUCCAGGUUGCGACGGCAAAGAUUCUGGCCAAAAGCAGGAAUUGCAUUUGGCACUGAAUUUUAAAUUUCAGCAGACAUCAGCUCCACUUAGUUACUCCAAUUAGGAGUUUAAAUUGAAAACAUGCUGAAUGCAAGUGCUGCCUGCCGAAGAACAAUUGGGAGCACACUCACAUUAAGGCUUCUGCCUGCUUGCAGCCAUAGCUUUACCUACUCACACCUGGUAUCAUAUGGUGUCAGGUGUGGGCAAGGCUGGGGGUAAAAUGGACUGCUGGCUCAUAUUUGACCAACAGACUAGAAGUUCCCUAUCCCUAGGUUAGUGAUACUGUAUAUGCAAACAAUAAGUCAUUCUCGCUUUGUGUAAUUACUGUUGGAGAUAAAUUUUCACUGAGCUGAAUGUAAAGCACAGCUCAGUUCUGAAAGCUGUUCACAUUUACCCCUUAAUUUCAGAUAGCUUUAUUAAAUUACCUGACUGCUUUAGUGCCAGUUCCAAAAAUAUAUAUUUUGCUCCAUCUUUCUUGACUCCUCUGCUGUCUUGAAUUCAGUUGAUUACUUUCUACAUGAUUACCUUUAUAUCUAAGAACUCACUGAUUCCAUUGACUUACUCUCUUCCUACCUGUUUGCUGUUCUAAUCUGUCCUCUCCUUCUUGGUUGAGAUCCCUGAGGGCUCUGUUAUUAGUCCUGCAUGCUUGUCUCUCUAGAUUCGUUAGCCCCGUGUAAGCACACAAUAUUCCAUGGUGCCUGUUAUGCUGAUGGUACCAAGCUUUUCCACUCUAGCUCAGAACGUUCUUCCUUCAUCCAAUUCCAAUUCUCCAAGUGCUUUUCUGUUUCUACUUGGAUGCUUCAUAGGGGUCUCAAGAUGCCUAGGACUGAACAUCUUGUCUUUUCUCUCAGCUAAAAUUCCCAUUCCAUUUUUGUUGUUGUUCUUUAGUCGUUUAGUCGUGUCCGACUCUUCAUGACCCCAUGGGCCAGAGCACGCCAGGCACUCCUGUCUUCCACUGCCUCCUGCAGUUUGGUCAAACUCAUGCUGGUAGCUUCGCGAAUACUAUCCAACCAUCUCAUCCUCUGUCGUCCCCUUCUCCUUGUGCCCUCCAUCUUUCCCAACAUCAGGGUCUUUUCCAGGGAGUCUUCUCUUCUCAUGAGGUGGCCAAAGUAUUGGAGCCUCAGCUUCAGGAUCUGUCCUUCCAGUGAGUACUCAGGGCUGAUUUCCUUCAGAAUGGAUAGGUUUGAUCUUCUUGCAGUCCAUGGGACUCUCAAGAGUCUCCUCCAGCACCAUAAUUCAAAAGCAUCAAUUCUUCGGCGAUCAGCCUUCUUUAUGGUCCAGCUUUCCCAUUCUAUUUAUAUUUCAUAAAAUGUAUACAAUGUUUGAUUGUAAAAAACAACAACCUCAGAGCAGUUUCUAAAGAUAAAAAAUGGCUGUAAACACAGUUUAAAGCAUGGGUAGGCAACCUAAGGCCCGGGGGCUAGAUCUGGCCCAAUUGCCUUCUAAAUCUGGCCCGCGGACGGUCUGGGAAUCAGCGUGUUUUUACAUGAGUAGAAUGUGUCCUUUCAUUUAAAAUGCAUCUCUGGGUUAUUUGUGGGGCAUAGGAAUUUGUUCACCCCCCCAAAAAAAUAUAGUCCGGCCCCCCACAAGAUCUGAGGGACAGUGGACCGGCCGCCUGCUGAAAAAGUUUGCUGACCCCUGGUUUAAAGCAUUAAUAAAAAACAAAAUAAUAAAGGAAAAGCAUAAAUCAACAUUCUACAUUUCUGACUAGGCAUGUCUCAGCAAAAAUGUUUUUAACAGGCUCCAAUAAGAGUACAGUAAAGACGCCUGCCUCAUGUCAAUAGGCGGGGUUCCUAUCAUCAGAUUGGGGGCUAAAUUGAACCUUAAAGCAUGCCUUAUAAAAUGCACUCGUUCAGAUAGUAAGCUGUGACAUCUGUUUUAACUUUCAUAGUUCAACAUUUAUUAUAGGUCAGAUAAUAUGGAUGUAGAUUGAUUCUUCCUCUUCAGAGGAAAGGUCUAAAUUAUCAAGUUUUUAAUCUGAAAAUAAGGAAAGACACCUUGUUCAGGUUUUGGCAGAGAAAUCCACGCAGUUUUUCUUAACUUGUAUAAAACUGCAUUUACUUAGGCUAUGUCUUCUGUACAUAAUGUUUCAGAUUCUGAAUUUAGAUUCCUCCUGUAUGUGCUAGUAGGAUGACAGUUGCUUAUAAGUUUAUAAGCUGUGGCUGGAUUCCUGCGUAGAUCCAAUUAUGGAGCGUGUGUUUUAAGCAAGCUGCAUGAAAUACAAAAGCCUUUCAUGUUAUGAGAUACUACAGUGUGUACUUAAAAACCCUUUUAAUGCAAAUCUAUCCUUUAGUGUGAUCAGGUAUGCUUAGGUGUGCUUUCAGAUCAAGCUCUUACAUUGCAGCCUUGUGAAUACUGGAGGGGCUUACACACACACCUUGCAGUGCUCUGCUAAAGGCUUUUCCAUGUCCCAUAAAUACUGUCUGGAUCCUUCCCCAUAUCCAUGUGGUCUUGGCCUCCCUCUAGUGGCCAGCUCAAGAUUUCAUUUGUAUGUUGCUUGAAGAAGAGGAAUCAAGGCUUUUUUCCCCCAGCCGGAACCUCUUCCGGCAAACCCUCUCUGUGUAUAUCAUUCUGGGCAGGUGGCACAUUUUCCGUGUGCAGGAAUUUGGAUGGACCGGGAGCGAUUUUUGGCACUUUGCUUCUCUUCCGAAAGAAGCCCUUUAAGGGAGGAGACAUGGUGCGUGUUUUCUCUAAAGCGUGCGCUCUCAACAAGUUUGGCGUCAUCCUGAAGGAAGCUCAACAGCUUAGGGUUGUCUGUCAAAGAAGGUGGGAGUUGCUGCACCUCUUUUUCUAGGAAAAAAGCACUGAUAAUAGUAAUAAUUCAUUUUUAUACUGCUUUUUAGCCAAAGAUCCCAGAGCUAUGUACAGCAUCAAGAACAUAAUUUACACAGCAUCAUAAUGACAACACAAUACACAGCAUCAUAAUAAAAUAAUAAUCAUAACAGGCCCCAUUUAAAAGUCCAUAGAUUGCUCCAAUGCCCAGGCGUCCUUGCGUUCUAAUCCAAAAUCAUUAUGUCUCCCUUCUAGAUAAGACAACAAAUCUGUAAGUAGUCUAUAGCUGGGUGGAAAACAGAUUAGCAACCUUGGUUAGCUUAAUUGACUUUAAAGCCCUUUUUAAAGUUGGGCCAGCACAUCUUGGAAAACAUAAUUUAAUAGCCUGCUAUCUGCACUUUUAAUGCCUUAAAGAUGUUCCAUCUUCAUUCUUAUACAGAAGGAAAUCCUUCCCAAAAUAUGCCAUCAAUCUAUCUAUCUUCUAAGAACAAGUAAAGUGCAUCUUUUUCUUCAAAACUAUUGUUUGGCAGCAUGCAAAUUUAUGCAGAUUAAAUAAACUAAAAUUAAUUUACUUUGCUAUGGAGGUUUGUAUGUGAUGCCAAUAAAAGGUUUGAUGAUGAUAAAUUAAUUUAGUUAAAAUCUCUAAUUUGGUGAGAACCCUAAUGAGAGGUACUGUAAUACAUCGGUGAUUCAGUGCAACCUUCUUAACUCUUUCAGAUGCUUCUGAUGAACAGAACUCACAAUCUUCAAUGGAGAAUUCCAUGAAUAGUUCAGAGAAAGUGGAAACUCAACCUUUGGCAGAAAAUGAUAUAACCACAGAUGCAUCUAAAAACUCUCAGGUAAUUCAAAAUCAUAGAUAAGCAAAGAGGUAUCGUCAACAGUGCGAAUGAAAGUUUGACCUGUCUUGUCUAUUGGAUUAACAUCUAUGUGUUCCAUGCUUUCUAAUUCUGUGAAUGCUUUGAUUUCUUUCCACUUGAACAUUGACAGUGAGCUGUUGUGCUUUGCACUUGGUCUUGCACUUGCAAGUUGUCAUUAAUAUGGGAGAACUUGUUAAAAUAUUUGAAGUAUGUUCCGUAGUAAACCGUGAUGAUCCUUCUAGUAAAUUGCUAGGUGAUCCUUUUAGGACUGUAUGUUCCUUUCCAUGUAAAGUUUUAAUAGGCUGGAAAGAUGGUAAUGUCACCAGUUUGAAGUGAACAAAUUAUGGCAAGGUAAAGCAGCAUGUUCCUUUUCUUCUAAAAUCCCAGCCAGAAGGUCUGAAGGUUGUACUCCAGCCUCGAUUAUCUUUGGAGUCCUCACAUUAUCCCUUCUUUCCCUGUGUGUCUGGGAAUUGAUAUAGCCUUAACAGUCCACAAGCUGCAAAUAUGUCUCCCAGGUGCUUAUUGAUACCUGUCUUAGUAUGCCUUGCAAGGAUCAUAGAACUGUGGAGCUGGAAGGGACCCAAGAGAUGUCUAGUCCAACCCCCUGCAAUGCAGGAAUCUUGGCUAAAGCAUCCAUGACAGAUGGCCAUCCACCCUCUGCUUAGAAACCUUCAAGGAUGUAGAGUCCACAACCUCCCAAGGGGGGACUGUUCCACGAUCAAUGAGCUCUUAUUGUCAGAAUGUUUUCUCACAUGUCUUGGUGUGUGUGAUCUUACGGGGUGGGGCUAUAAGGUGAAUGUGUGUUGCCAUUUUGGGAACUAGGACUUACAUGGGUAACUAUGAUGGCAGCUUUCGUGUUGCUUUGUGGCCAUGACACUUGCUUCCUGGGGUUCUCUUGUACCUUGGGAGCACAAUAACAUUAUUAUGCUUUUAUUCAGUACUGAUGCUGAUUCUUCUUUUCUCUCUCCUCCUGUUAAGGACUCUGAAGGAGUGCCACCUUCUAAAAAGAUGAAAGUAGAGGGUCCCUCUCAACAAAACAUUGAUGAAAUAUAGACACUAGAUUUUUCCUGGCCAGUUUUUAUGUAAGGUACAUCAGUGGGCUAAAUUAUAUAGAACAACCAUAUUUACGUAUAUUCUCUUGGAUGAGGACAGAACUCCUAUAAACUUUUCAAGUUACCAAGCAAAAAUCCAAGAAACCAAGCAAAGGCAUCAUCUCUUCAGACACUGAAAACUUUUCUUUUCUGUGAAGCAAAACGUUGAGAAUUUAAGUUACUGUCUCUGAAAUGGUUGGAGUAAACAACUCAGGAGGGGUCUACGCACUGUUUCUAAUGUCAAAAUUACAAUUAUGUUGCUGCUGUAUUUUAUCACAUUCUCUAUUUAACAUUAUAAGAUAUUUAAGGAUGGUACAGGUCAGGUCUUCUCAUGUGAAGUUCAUCCUUCUGAUGUGAUGUCUGCUUUUUUUCUUUUUUUGUGUGUGCCUUGUGUUCCAAAACAAAAAAACAAAACCAGUGCUAAUUUUUUAAACUUGUUUUUGACAGUUCUCUCCUCUGCAGAGUGGCCUACGGUUUGUACAAUGCCAUAUAGGAAACUUUUCAUUGUGUUUGUUUGUUUCUAUUUUAUACCCUGGUGCUUACUAUUUUAACAUAAGAGCUAUUGUGAGAGAAAUCAGGAAGCCAUUUUCACUGUUGGAGUCCAGAGAGAACCAUACAGCUGACACUUGAUUUUUCUGCAUCCACAGGGAUGACUUAUUUUUAAUGCACCAAUUUGAGCCACCAAGACCCUCUUCUGGCAACCUCCACAGAAAUGCAUGCAAGUUACACAGUAACAUAGCUUUGAAUAAUUUCCUGAUGGCAUGCCUCCCCUUGGCUGAAUAAUGUAGACUUUUAAAACAGAUAUACCUAAAGUGAACAGGCUCUGCUGUUUACUUAAAUUGGUGCUGGUUUGGAAAAGUAUUGAAGCAAAUUAUGCGUUUUAAGUCUUUUUUUAAAAGUGGGUCAACUAUAAAUACAGGUACAAAUAGGCAUAUGUGUUAUGACAGAUGUAGUUUUGAUUGAAAUGAAUUUCCUUGUACUGUUCUUUUACAAUCAGUUUACUGAUACUCCAGGCAAUACUGUACUUGAGGCUUACUUUUGUUUCAAGAGUAGCUUGUAAAUGCAGUCUUGUUACUUCCAAAACAACUUCAGACAUCUCUCAGUUUUUGAAAAAUUCAGUUUUAUUUCUUGCAUGUUUGACUUGGCAGGAGGCACUGUGUCAAUCUUAUCCAUGCUACAUGGCCAGUGAAUAUGCUGAACCAUCUUAUCUAUAUCAGAUGCUUUGAUGCUACUUGUAAUCACCAGUAGAACCACACGGUCAUGACUAGUUCCUUCUGAAAUCAGUGCAGCUUUAGUUGUAACAUUUUAGACAUUCCCAAUGGGGCUUAAUUGUGACUAGAACUUGAUGGGUUCGUCUUGUUAUGUUUUGCACAUCUAAAGAGGUGUUGAGUCCUUAAACCUCCAUUUGAAGGCUGGGGAAAAUAUGUGUGUGAAUGGAAAACACAGAGGUGGCAUAAGGAAGCAAUGCGUCUUGAUAACGAUGAAACUGCAACCUGCAGCUGUAAAUGUGGUUGCAUUUAAUUUAUAAUGGAUGUACUGGGUGACCUUUUUUUUUAAAGGAAAACAAACCUGCCUCCAAUCAAAACACUGCAUAAAAGUCACUUACUAAGCUUUAUUUCUGAUUUCUCCAGCGGUGAAAAUGGCUUGAGCUUUAACUACUGUAUUGCAUUUGCAAUGAAUUCUGAGAAAAGUUAGGAGAGGUGGAGGUGCCAAUUCUGACCUUCCAUCACAACAUUUGUUAAGCUGCAAAGAAACUGGCUAUACACUCAAGGCUGAUAUAUUUUUUAUGUUGAAAUAAACAUUUUACAUCUCAUCAAAAUUAAAAUUGGUUGCAAAUUGUUCAUGAAAGCAGUGUGCUCCCUCCAAAGUCUCUUUGUGCUUCGAUCACAAAAUUCAUUUAAUAUCAGAAAGAGGUGUUAUAUUUGCACAGUAUACAUAAAUGGUAAACUGAUUUCCCCACCCCUUGAAUUGUGUAUCUGCUUCAGAAAUGUGGGUUAUGACUGGUUAAAUGGCAAUCGGUAUGGACAUUAAAACCAUAUUUAACCAGGGUUCGUUUUUUUGAAAACAUAUUGGCUGAUCUAUGACAUAGACAAAUAUAUUUUUGAACUUUAAAAAAUUGUAAUUAUGUAGCUUUUAAUUGAUCAGUGCUAAAAUGUCAGUGGGUUGGAAACCACUGUUGAUAUGUUGUCAUGCCCAGUAGUUGCUGUCUGUAGAAGCUUCAAUUUUGUGGUUGUGUGUUUUUGAUUUGUUUUACACAGUUUCCAAGGAAGUAGAUAGGCUUUUUAAAUUUCAGAGCUGAAUCCUGUACUUAAUAAAAUAUAAAUAGCACUAAAAUACCUCAAUUUUUUUCAUUAGGUAGAAAUGUUUAUUGGCAUUACUGACACUGAUAAGCUUCGUGAUGAAACUGGCUUCUUAAUUCCUACUGUACUUUCUUUCUUCAGUUAUGUGUCAGCCAUUCACUAAGGCCUGCUGCUGCCACACAAUUCCCAGUGUCUUUCAGUUGGGCUUGCUUGUGCUUGACUUGUGAAUUGAGACCUGCAAAUGAAAGAUGGGUGGCAGUAGCCUUUGAUGAAGUGUGCAGUCAUUUUGCUAUUCCAUGACUCAAGAAAAAGAAAACCAGCAUAACCACAGUGGUUAGUGGCUCUGCUUUGAUUUGCAACGUUAGAUAUUUGAAUCCUCUGCCAACAAAUAGGGGUUGGAAAAAGCAAAUGGAAUUGGACUCUUUGCACCCAUUAGUGUCAGUCUGCACCCAUUUAUCAGGAUGGAGGAGGAUCUUGAUUCUGUUUGGUAUGCAGAAAUUUAAAAACGUGCACACUGUAACUGCCUUUUGAUAGGCCAUUUGGAUGUGCAGUUAAAACACAUUUUUAAUGCUUGAAAGUUAGUUUAAAUUCAACCAGCAAGGAAGGGAUCUUGCAACCUUUGAGAUUUGGUACUGGGUCCAGCUUCUUGGUUUGCUGCCUCUUUAGGGAUUUUGUUUUAUGGGCUUGCAUGGAAAAGCCUGUAUUGAUAGCAGUGGGGAAGAGGUGAGGAGAGAGAGCGAGUCAACACAUCUUGCAUCUCAGUGACUGGAAAUUCUCAGGCAGGCAAUAGACGGUGUCCACCACACACACAGCUGUGCAAUCUGUGCUCAUUUCAGUGGAGGUCAAGCAGCAUCAGUGGUUGGUGGGUUGAAUCUGACAUUUUUUUUAGAAAUAGCGUGAAUAUCAAGAAGUGCUUCCUUAUCGACACACUGGGCAUUUGGACACUCAGUUACUCUCAAACUACAUCUGUAUACAUAAGCUAGCAAGGUAACUGAUCUUUGUGGGUUAUGGGGUGAGGAGGGAGGCCUUCUAGCUGGGCAGUUUACACAGUCAAAACAUUUUAUAGCAGAACUGUUCAUUUUGGAGUUCUUCUGGGUGGGGGAAUCGUUAACAUUCCAAAAAGUGCUGGCACUUAACAACAACAACGACAACCAAUCAGUGAGGCAGCAUAAAAAUUACUGGCUUUUGUGGUAGCUUGCUUCAUACAGAAACAUUGUCAUGUUUUAGAAUGUUCUUUAUAUCGAAAGCCCUGCUAGAAGGUGUAAAGAAUUUUGUGGGUUUAUUUCAUUACCUAAUUGUUUUUCCAUCUUAAUGAUUUUGUGUGCUGUACAGCAGUAUCAUUUUUCACUUAUUUAUUCCAUCAGUAGCUAUGGUUUGUACAAUGUACAAUGGUUUCAUUAAAAAAAUAAACUUUAAAGUCACAACAC